AUGAGUCCAACUCCACCGUCUACAACCUCCUCAAGUAAUGGACCCUCCCCGGAAGGACAGUAUAGGGUUGUCCGGAAACGAAACAGAGUACCUCUCUCAUGUGGUCCAUGUCGCCAUCGAAAGUUAAAAUGCAACCGCGCGCAUCCCUGCGAGAAUUGUGUCAAACGUGGGGAUGCUCAUUCCUGCUCCUAUGCUCAGACAAAUUCUCGAAAGAAGAAUACUGCGAACCAGACUGCUUCGAGCUCCCCAGAUGACAUGCAAAAUAGAAUUGAUCGACUAGAGGGCCUAGUAUUAUCGUUGAUGACCAAUGGGUCGCAAUCUGAAGGCCCUACAGCUGCUAUGGCAGCAAUAUCAGGGACAGGCAGUAACGCAGGGUCCGGUCAGCAUGUCCAUGACUUGGAAAUCGAUGAUGAUGUUCCUAUCCAGGAGGAAAGCGAUACCGAGCAGGUGACCAAGUCAUUUGGCAUUAUGAAAGUGGACAACAACAACAAGUCGUACUAUAUUAGCGAUGCACACUGGGCAUCUGUUCUUAGUGAGAUAUCGGAAGUCAAGAAUUAUUUCACCACACACAAAAAGCAAUAUGAAGAGCAUGCCGAGAAGCUUAAGGCAACCCAGCUUCCAACUGACGUUCCUGGGUCUACUUUGCUAUUCGGGGCCAUGAAAGUAACUAGCAGAGCCGAAAUCAUGUCUUCAUUUCCGUCCAAAUACACGUCAGAUAUGCUCAUAGCGCGAUAUUUCAACUGCUACGACCCCGCAACGCAUUUCCUCCAUGGUCCUACUUUCCAGGCGCAAUACAAUAAGCAUUGGGAGGACCCUUCCCAAACUUGUGUCGCCUGGAUCGGAAUGCUCUUUGCAAUGAUGCGGCUCUCUAUGUUGUCGUAUUAUCGCGAGGGUGAUGAACCCCCCGAGUUUAGGGGCAAAUCACUGGACAUGGCCGGCACCUUCCGAAAUCUCGUCGCCAUGUGUCUCACAUUGGCUGACUAUACUAAACCGUACCCGAACCUGAUAGAGUGCCUAGCCUUUCAUCUUCAUGGCGAUUAUUGCCAAACAAAGGAAGCAGAUGUUUCGGUUUGGGUUCUAAGCGGUGUUAUCGUGCGACUGGCUAUGAGAAUGGGAUACCACCGGGAUUCGAAAGCGUUUCCGAAUAUUACACCAUUCCAGGGUGAGAUGCGCCGCAGGGUUUGGUCGUUUGUUCGACAAGCCGACAUACUAUUUUCCUGCCAAGUUGGGUUGCCUAGUAUGGUUCGAAUGGCAGACAGUGAUACCGAGCUUCCACGCAACUUGUAUGACGACGACUUCGACGAAGACUGCAAAGAACUUCCCCCAUCACGACCUCCCAGUGAACCUACACCGAUAUCCUACCUUAUCACGAAGUCGCGGUUAGCGAAUGUCUUGGGCCAGGCUAUUGAACAGACCUCUUCUGUCCAGAACGCGUCUUACGAUAAAGUAAUGGAAAUGGAUUCAGAACUUCGUCGGGCACGGGAUAUGGUACCCGAGCAUCUUCUUGUGCGCCCCAUCGAUGAGUCUCCGCUAGAUUCUCUCGUGCUCAUUUUAUCUCGCUUUUCGGUAAUGUGUGUUUAUCAUCGCGCGCAAUGUAUGCUUCAUCGAAAAUAUCUUCUUAGGGCUCGGGAAAAUCCUCGGUUCACACACUCCCGAAGAACUUGCGUUGAUUCGGCCAUGGAGCUUUUACGGUUCCAGUCAAUGAUCCAUGUGGAAACACGCCCGACGGGCCGAUUACGAAGUCGACAGAAUCGAGUAACAUCACUCAGCUCUAGUGACUUCUUACAAGCUGCAACCAUUUUGUGUCUUGAUCUCUAUCAUGGAUACCGUCUACCAGACACUUCGAGGGCUUCGUCUGAUACUUAUGCUUGGGGCAGAGAACGACGGGAAGAGAUUCUUGUAGCUGUACAGCGAAGUAAAGAUAUCUGGGACGAACUGCGUGAUGAGACAAUGGAGGCAUGGAAAGCCAGUGGUGUCCUCGGAGUGAUGCUUAGUGGGCUUCAGCGGGGCCCUGAAGCAACUCCUCUAACUCCAGCGUUUGAGCCGCAAGACGAGAAACAAAGCGCCGCCAUGACCCUGGGAUUGCUUAGCAGUGGAAUGACACCUAUUGGCCAAGGGCCACAGUUCAAUGACGUGCCGUUGAAGGGCCCAGAAACUCCGUUGCCAGCACUCGGUGGGUUUGGUGCAGAGGCAGCUCCGGGUGCUUCGUCUCUUUUUAAUAUGUUUGGCCAAAUGCCUGAUAUGCAGGUCAAUUUGGAUUGGGAUGCUUGGGAUAACUACAUCCAAGGCGGGACACUUGACCCGUCGGCCUCAUAUUGGUCCCCCAUGGAUUUCCAACAACAGAAUCCUGGACCCUUAUCCCCGCCACAGCUAGCAGCGGUGCAAAAUAGCCCUGCGGAUAGACUCCGCACUCUACCCCGGACGAACAACAUGUUCCUUAACAACGGGUACGACAACGAUGGCCCCACUUAA